CGUCGAUACAGAUCAAAUAAAAUGUCGUCGUCACGAAUAUCUUGUUUGAGUUCAAUUAGCAGUUGGCGGCUAUUAGCCUAGUACCUUCUUCUUCACCCCAUACUCCUUCUCCCUCUAACUUUCUCUCUCUAAAUCAUCCUUCUGAAUCAACAUGCUUUCCUCGAUUCUCGAUCUUUUCAUCAUAAUUUAAUACUCCAAUUAUUUUCAUUUAUCCUCAAAUUACUUUAUUCUUUAACCUUUUUUCACUCCUCAGUUUCUAGUUAUAUAGUUAGUGAAUUUAAAACUAGCAAAAUAAAGAAAAGCAUAAUUCACAAUUGUAGAAAGAAAAAUUAUGAAAUUUAAUGUAAUUUUAUUGAUUUGGGUAAUCUUCUCCGGCGUCGUUUUAAAAAAAUCGGUAAGUUUCAGCGGUUUUCCGAUGACUUUGACGCUUCACCGAUCAAUUCCACUAAAAGACCGAGUUGAACUGAGUCAACUCAGAACUCAUGACCGAGCUCGACAUGGCCGUGUGUUGCAGUCUAUCAAUGGAGUUGUUGAUUUUCCUGUUUCUGGUACCUUUAAUCCUUACCGAGUUGGGUUAUACUAUACAAAGGUGGAAUUAGGAACUCCAGCACAAGAAUUCAAUGUACAGAUUGAUACAGGAAGUGAUGUUUUGUGGAUUGGUUGCACUGGCUGUUAUGGUUGUCCUGAAACCACUGGCCUUCAAGACAUUCAACUCAAUGCUUUCAAACCAAGAAGCUCAUCAUCAGCAUCGGUUAUCAAAUGCAACAAUAAACGGUGUAGCAUGGGAGCUCAAUAUUCUGAUGCCAUUUGUGACAACUCGAACAAUUGUGCUUACCAGUUCCAGUAUGGUGAUGGUAGUGGAACUCAGGGUUAUUAUAUAUCGGAUUUGUUGCAUCUGGAGACCAUUGUUGGGGAUACUCGGUCAUCUAACAAUUCAGCUAAAGUUAUCUUUGGUUGUAGUGUGGCUCAAACCGGAGACUUGACCAAAACCGAUAGAGCAGUUGAUGGGAUUUUUGGCUUCGGUCAGCAGGCUAUGUCUAUUGUCACGCAGUUGUCAUCACAAGGAAUUGCGCCUGCAGCAUUCUCUCAUUGUUUAAGGGGAGAUGAUAAUGGUGGGGGGAUAUUGGUUCUUGGAAGUAUUGUGGAGCCCGGCAUAGUGUACACUUCUAUGGUUCCAUCAAUGCCACACUACAAUUUAAAUUUGGAGAGCAUAUCUGUCAAUGGUCGAAAACUGCCCAUUGAUUCUUCAGUUUUUACUACUUCGUCUAAUUCUGGGACAAUCAUUGAUUCCGGAACAACCUUGGCUUAUCUUUCGGAAGAAGCUUAUAAUCCGUUCGUUAAUGCGAUCUCAGCAGCAGUUUCUCAGUCCGUUCGACCCUUGUUGUCGAGGGGAAACUCAUGCUAUUUGAUAACAUCCAGUGUCGAUGAGGUAUUCCCCCAAGUUAGCUUAAAUUUUGCUGGUGGUGCUUCUAUGAUUCUUAGACCACAAGACUAUCUACUUGAGCAAAGCUCCAUCGCAGGAGCUCCCGUUUGGUGCAUGGGAUUUCAGAAAAUGGAUGGACAGGGGAUGACGAUAUUAGGAGAUCUUGUCCUGAAAGACAAAGUAGUCGUAUACGACUUGGCAAAUCAACGGAUUGGAUGGGUCAAUUACGAUUGUUCGCAAUCCGUAAAUGUGUCAACAAGUACGGGCUCAAAUUCGAACAUGUAUGUGAACACAGGACAGCUGAGUGACAGCAUCUCGUCAAUGAUUCCUUCAUGCAAGAAAACACUAAUCGUCUUGUUGGUUUUGUUGGCCGCUUGGAUGUCUAUGUGACGUUGAAGAGACGAGUUCACGUUGAAGAGACGAGUUUAUAUAUAUAUUAUACAAGUUAGCCUAUAUUUUCCCUUCCCUCUCCUUGUACAUGUUAUAGUUUGUAGCUUUAGUUAUACAUCAUUGAGUUGGGAUUUUCUGGUUAUAUUCCAAAUAUUGUAGAUACUUGAGAGUCGGUUUUUAGCGUUCUUGGGAGGUGAUUAUGUGUUCGUACAUACGAUUUGUACAAAUAAUUAGAGCAAAAAAUUUGUUAGUAACAAUCAAUUGUUUAUCCUGUUUACGUUGUAAUUUAAAGAACUUAAGAAAGUUUUGUGUUUCGUUCU